UCGCAAAUCCAUUCCUCCAGAGAGUUUGGCAUAUGUACGAAGUAUUGUCAGUACUAUAGUCAAAGUUGAGGGUGAAAGUAUCAACCAGUCCGUUCUCACUCCAAUCUACACUCUGUUGAUGGGAUCUGAAAGUUCAGACUACAUCAGAGAUCCCGCUGCUAUCUGGAUAUUGCUGGAGUUACUGCCCUACCUCAACCAUGCGUUACAGAUGGAGAUUUGGCAACGCUUGAUAUCUAUCGUGGGUAGAUCCCUCAGAAAUCUACAAAUGUGCUGUACGCUAGCUUUAGUACCGCACUGUCUUGAUCUUAUUUCCGAAUGCGAGUCAGAUAACCAGGACGCAGUUGCGAGUAGAAUAGCUGAAUUUGUGGGAACGAUAACGUCAUACGAUCUGUCUGUUGACGAGCUGAGGCUACUGCUGGACACUUUGACUGCUGUUGAUAAUAAAUGGAUACGAUAA